AUGUCCGAGCCUCUGGCCGCAUCCAGAGAGGGGAAUCAGCGUGUUCUCCAGAUUGUCCUUAUUGACCGCGAGACCAUAUUUAUCUUUCAUUUCUUUCCGUUCUUUUCCUUUUGAAGGCCAGAUACAGAAAACAGCCAAGGUUCCCAGUACAGUUUUGAAUCACUACCCCAGAAGAUUUGUCUCAUCUGCGGUGAUGAGGCUUCUGGUUGCCACUAUGGAGUACUUACCUGUGGAAGUUGUAAAGUCUUCUUUAAAAGGGCAAUGGAAGGGCAGCACAACUAUUUAUGUGCUGGAAGAAAUGACUGCAUAGUUGAUAAAAUUCGUAGGAAGAACUGUCCAGCGUGUCGCUUGAGGAAGUGCUGUCAAGCUGGUAUGGUCCUGGGAGGUCGAAAAUUGAAAAAGUUUAACAAAAUUAAGGUUGUGAGAACAUUAGAUGUUGCACUCCAGCAGCCAGCAACCCUUCAAGAUGAAAACCAGUCUCUAACCCAAAGGCUGUCCUUUUCUCCAAAUCAAGAAAUACAGUUUGUGCCCCCGAUGAUAAGUGUUUUACGAGGCAUUGAGCCAGAAGUUGUCUAUGCUGGUUAUGACAACACAAAACCUGAAACACCAAGUUCUUUGCUGACCAGUCUAAAUCAUCUUUGUGAGAGGCAACUUCUUUGUGUAGUCAAGUGGUCUAAAUUGCUACCAGGAUUUCGGAAUUUACAUAUCGAUGAUCAGAUAACCCUCAUCCAAUAUUCCUGGAUGAGUCUAAUGGUUUUUGCAAUGGGAUGGAGAUCAUAUAAACAUGUCAGUGGUCAGAUGUUAUAUUUUGCACCAGAUCUGAUUCUAAAUGAACAGAGGAUGAAAGAAUCAUCAUUCUAUUCCCUGUGUCUAUCCAUGUGGCAACUCCCACAGGAAUUUGUCAGACUUCAAGUUAGCCAAGAAGAGUUCCUAUGUAUGAAAGCACUGUUACUUCUCAACACAAUUCCUUUGGAAGGUCUAAGAAGUCAAAGCCAAUUUGAUGAGAUGAGAACGAGUUACAUUAGAGAACUGGUGAAAGCAAUUGGUUUGCGCCAGAAAGGUGUUGUGGCCAACUCACAGCGUUUCUAUCAGCUUACAAAACUGAUGGAUUCCAUGCAUGAU